AUGGCACCCCCCUCUACUGACAACACCAACCCUGCUGAGGCUCCUGUAGACUUCCACCAUGCCCAGCAUUGGGCGAGUUUGAGGGCAGGGGGCGCUUCAGAAGAGGAUUCAACCGUAGAAGAUGAUUCUGCCAGUUCGUCCGACUCAAUCUCGUCCAGCAUUCUUCACUACCAAACUAUCCAUGGAAGAACCUACCAUUCUGAGAGGGGGAAUGCCCAGUAUUGGACGCCCAAUGACGAGCAUCACAAUGAAUCUAUGGAUAUCAAUCAUCACCUUCUUUCACUAUCACUGAACGGCAAGCUUCACCUUGCGCCCCUGAAAAAUAAUAUCAAAAAAGUCGUCGAUAUUGGAACUGGAACCGGUAAGGCAUCUCCCCCAAACUUCCACGAUGGCGCAAACUGA